AUGCAGAAUCGUGGCGCUCCCGACGCAGCCUGCGGGCGCCCCAGCUCCAGCUCCACGUCCACCACGUCCACCAGCGCAGGGCAGCAGCUGCUGCUGCAACAACAACAACAACAACAACAGCAGCAGCAGCGGCAGUACCCCGCGUCUGGGCAAGGGAGUAACACCACGGGCAUGGAACGCGCCAAUCAAAACGGUAGUAUGGACCAGGGCGGCGACCAAGCCGGUCGGCCCGGCCUGCGCAAGAUUGCGUCGUCUUUUGACAGGGUCAGGAGGGCGUUUAUGUUCAGGAGUGACGACGGUGGUGCGUCGUCCAGACCCGGUUCGUCAUCCUCUCGCAGCGGUCUUUUUGAAUUGGCGAGCGAUGCGCGGUCUGCUGGCCUCGCUACGACCGGUCGUCGGUUUGCGUACGACUCCAAUGUCGACGAGCCGAUGAGGCAGUCGCGUGUCGGUGUACAAGGUGAGUUUGAACACGGUAGCGCCCUAGAGCUGACGCAGGCUAACCCCCGAUUCAGCUACGACUCUGACCAUGCGCCAUCUGCUAGACAGGAGGCUGUUCACAAAUGGUAG